AUGACUAUCUUCAACAAGGGUGCCCUUGCACAACUGCCAGCUCCUCAUUCGCUUCGCCGGUUGCCCGCCGUGGGUCUUCCCUUCUGUCUAUCGGCUUCUCCUACGCUAUUCAAAAAGCCAUUGAAGCGUUGGGAGCAUGCCACUGGUCAAGGCUCAAUCCAGGCGAUGGUGCAAUCGGUUUGCGUUAUGAAUCAGAGGCGUUGA